CACCAAACAAACUGACACGUUGGUUAGGUUUUCUUAAUCUUCUUCGUAAUCAGCCGGUUUUAGUGAAUGAUUUAUCAAUUCUUCAUAAAAAUUUCUCCGAAAAAUCGGAAUAAAUUGUAUACGGAAAUUGUUUAUAUAAAUGGAGGAAAUUAACAACGAAAAUUCGAAAGAUAUUAAAAUAGUUUGCCCCAAGGCAGAGGAGCUCAGUGUUAUUGUAAACAAAGUAAGAUGCGAGGAAUGUGGUUUGACAUUCAGCAACGAGCCCCGACUCCGUAUGCACGUGUUGAAAAUUCACGAGCACAAAAAUCUCAUAAAAAACAUCAAAGAAGACGUUCGUUACCAUUGUCCCGAAAAUACUUGCGUUUAUGCCCUUACGUCACAACGCUUUUUUACGACAAUGAAAUACUUGAAACAGCACUACUUAAAAGUGCACGCAGCUAAAAAAUUUGGCUGUGAUCAAUGCGACAAGAGUUUUUCUACUGAAGCAGCAAGAAUAGCUCAUUCGAGGGUUUGCGGAGUGGAAUUCACUUGUGGUUGUUUGAGAGUAUUCGGCACUUACGAAGCUCUGCUUACUCAUUGCAAAAGAGCUUCUCACACAGUGGACCAGAAGUACAAAAAAGCUGUUAAUCGUAAGCCACAAGGAAAAAGUUCACAGCCGACUAAACCGGUCUCGAUCUCCAGUUCUCAGAGUUUAAGCAAGCCGGUGAUGAUUUUGCCAUUGCGAACAAGUUAUUUUAUGCCAGCAAACACAGCGAAAAUAUCAUUUGACGUUGCUGUGCAAACGGACGAUUUGAAACGUCAGAAAAGAACACAGAGCCCGUCCAAGAGUUGCAAGCGUCGGGAAUCUCGUCAGACUCAAACACAGAUUUUGUCAAAAGAAAAGCGUUUGAGAAAAACUGUGGAGACACAAACAACGAGGAAUUCGUUGAAGCCUGCUGUGAGGAGGAAACAUUCGAAAGUGGAUUUGACGCUGCCAGAAAACUUUGCUACGGACAAUUUAUUUUCUCCCAGUACUUUAGAACUGGGAGACGAAGUUGCUCUGGAAGAUUUGUGGGGAGAAAAAAAUGCUUCGUUGGGAACGCAAACGAGUCCGGAUAAGGAUUUGCUCGAGGCCCUCAGCGACAGUGUCACACAAACCGAUCUCGUUACCUUCUACACUCCGGAUCAAGGAAAUUGUCUAAACAUCGUUGAAAACUCUUGUUACUCCUACGAAGACAAUACUCGAGGGAUAUCUUCGAGAUCAGAUCCAAUGUUGACUAUCGAUAGCUUCACCGAUCGCUUCAGCAGCAUAGAAACCCAAACAGAAACAAUUUCGAGCAACUCCACUCCGCUCAUCUCUUCGAGCGACAGUUUUUUCGAAAAUGAACUCGUCGCUUCAAGAAAUUUUGCUCUCAGCUCCAACAAUGAGACUCAAACCACUGAGAACUUUCACAAUAUCGAGCAACUCCUUUACAGCAACAAUUACACACAAACCUGCAACGAUAUACUUCGAGCCUCGGAUCUUGGACUCUCUGAUAUUCAGACCCAAACCGCUUGGCCCGAGCUCGUCCACGACUCCAAUUCAAUUUCCGCUAAAACUCAAACCCGCACAACUCAGGCUCCCAAUCUCCAGUCUGGGGUUUCUAAUUCUUCGGAAAAAUCGUGGCUCAACACAAGAAUCAGUCACACCGAAACUCAAACUGACUUGUUAAGCAUCUUCGACGAGUUUCCGUGAUGAAAUCCACUGAAAAGUUUUCCUCCA